UAUUUAUCAUCUCUCAUAUUAUUCCUCUCUCUCUCACUCAUUUCAUUGCCCCUAACUCAAGCCAAAAAGUCAGCGCCUUCCUUGUUUCUGUGUCUACACACUAUUGAUGGCUGAGUUUACUUUCAUGGAAGACUGGGAUCUUCAAGCUGUAGUCAGAAGAGGAUCAUGCAGUAGUGAAGCUUUGAUGAUCAAUAAUAAUAAUAAUAAUAAUAUUAAUGAUUAUGAUCAGUUUUUGAAUUUUCCGGAUUUCUUUGGAUUUGUGAGUAAUAAUGAUUUGGAUCAGAAAGAAGUUUGCAAGCCAUUUUACCCUAAUCAGCAACUUACGGGAUGUGUCGAGGUUAAAGAGCCUGAAAAACUGCAGAGGAAAGGUUUUCGACCGUCUGAUCAUGCUGAUGUUCCGGUAAACUUUAGUUGUGAUGGCACUUCUGUAACGGUCAAAUCAAAGAGGAGUAGGAAGAAUCAACAGAAAAGGGAGGUUAAACAUGUUAAAGCUGAUGGUCUAGCUUGUGAUAUGUGGGCUUGGAGAAAAUAUGGGCAAAAACCUAUCAAAGGAUCUCCUUAUCCAAGGAGUUACUACAGAUGCAGCAGUUUAAAAGGAUGUUUGGCAAGAAAGCAAGUAGAAAGAAACAGUACAGAUCCCUCAACUUUCAUAGUAACCUACACUGCUGAGCAUAGCCAUGCUCAUCCAACUCGCAGAAAUUCUCUUGCUGGCAGCACCAGAAUCAAAUCUUCCAUGACCAAACAAUCCAAAUGCAACGAACCCAACUCGUCAACUAUCAAAGACGACAAAAGUUCGGAUAAUACGUUGGUGCAAAAUGUUAGGAUAAAAAAUGAAGAAGAAGAAGAAGAAUAUGAACAAGUUAUGGGGGAUAUUAAAUAUGUAGGCAAAGAGGAAAUUGUGAUGCCAGAUAUAAUCUUUAGCGACGACUUGUUUCCAAGCAUAGAGGAUUUUGAAGGAAUGUUUUUUGAUCAUCAGUUUUCAGAUAUUGCUCCUUAAUUAACUAAGGAUUAUUCAUCAAAAUGUAAUGUUAUAGCUAGCUGAGCAUAGUACAAUAUAAUCAUAAUCUUUUGAAUUAGUUCCAACAUUUUUGUAUUGUAAGUUUGUAAACUUUUGUUUUGUGUAUAGUCCAUCUUCGAAGAGAUGUGUUGCUUUAGGAA